ACAGUUUUAGUUUUUAAAAAAUGGAGCCCGAAGCUCUGAACAAGCUUAUGCAACAGGAGGGUACCACGUAUGAUUCGGUAUCUCCUACGUUUAGUGAAUGGGUAGGCACCGGGGCUCUUGAUGAGCAAUCUGGUGAGCUUCUCAAGCAGUUUGAGUCUCUCAAUUCUGUGGAACGUUGUGAUUUUAUUAAGGACAAUGAGCUUGUUGCUCGUGUUCUAUUGAAUGCGACUUAUGCUACGGGUCCUGGUUUAUUACGUCGUUACUCUCUUGAGCGAUUAUGUGAUGUUUGUCGUGUUGACAACUCCAUGUACACAUUUUUGCUGGCGACAUUGAAUGACCGUGAUGUGUUUGAGAUAUACUUUGAUAUAGCUACUCAUGAGUCUGAUCGCAAGAUAGUUGAGAAGGCGUUAUUUUUGCUUUCUGGGUUCAUUGCUUAUGGUAGCGGUCGUUUUACUCAGGAUCAGAUGUUGAACUCGCUUCGUUGCGUAUUGGAUUCAAAGAUUGAGCCUGCUCCUAAGCUUUAUGCCAUCGCAAACCUUCUUGAGGAGGAGGGUAACCGUUCUGUUGUUUUUGCUAAUAACGACGUCCUUGUUUUAUUAAAGUCGUGCCUUCAGCACGAGACUCCUGCCAAUGCUCAAUAUAAAGCAGUAUACUGUCUGUGGCUUUACUCUCGCAAGCCUGAGUAUGUAGAUGCCAUGUAUGAUCACGGAUUAGUUCAUGCUAUGUGUAAUCUUUUUUGCACAACUAAGAUUGAGAAGAUUGUGCGUGUUUGCAUUCGUCUCUUGAAGAAUUUAUUUGACAACAUGAGGUGCCUUGAGUUGAUCAUUGAAAAGAAUGUAGCUCAGACCUUGACUUUGUUGGAGUAUGACAAAUGGCGUGAUGUGGAGUUGUAUGAUAGCAUUCAUCAACUCCAUGCCGUUCUUGAGGGUAAAACUUCAAAGAUGAGUAACUUUGAGCGUUAUGUGAAGGAGGUUGACACUGGUGCUCUUAAGUGGUCUAUAUUACAUUCUGAAAAGUUUUGGGCUUUGAAUUACGGUCAGUUUGAGCAGGAUGAGUUUAGUGUAAUUUCUAAGCUUGUGAAGCUCUUGUAUGCUACGGAUGACCCUACCACUGUAGCAGUGGCAUGUUUUGAUCUUGGUGAGUUUGCACGCCUUUACCACAAUGGGAAGGCAAUAUGUCAGAAGUUCCACGUAAAGGAUCGUGUAAUGGAGCUCAUUGGUAAUCGUGACCGUGAGGUAGCGCGUGAAGCUAUGCUCUGCGCUCAGAAGUUAAUGGUCCAAAAAUGGCAGCAGGUAUGCUCUUCUUAAUGGGUUGUGGCAUUGUAUAUACCCCGUUACUACUAUCUGGUCUAAUUCUACGUGAAAAACACGUUUAUGAAUAGCAAAUUGUACCAUUUAAUACUAAAUGCAAGCAGUUU